CUUGUGGGAACGCCCACGCUUGACUGGCUUAUCUUUUGCCAAAAUCCCGAUAGUUGUUGUGCAAUUGGCUGCACAAAUCGACGAGGAGACAAGCCUGGGUUUUGCUUUUACAGAAUCCUGUCUGAGAAAGAAAACCCAGAGAGGAGGAGGUUGUGGAUAUGUGCCUUGAGACGUGCCUCCGUCCCUGGGGAAAACAAACAAUGGCAACCAUCCAAGUACACACGUCUUUGUAGCCAACAUUUCAUCAAAGGUGCCAAAUGUGACGACCCUUUGUCCCCUGACUGGGUUCCAUCCAUCUUCUCACACAUUCCAGCCACCAAGAAGACGAAAAGGGAGAAAGACAAGGAAAGGUAUGAGCAGCAUAGCAGAAUGAAGAACAAGAGGGUGGAGGAGAAAAAGAAGAAAGAUGCAGUGGAUGUCCUCCUUGACCUGUCAUCAGUACCAGAUGCUGGACCUGCGCCUGUCACGACACAGAACGGGAAUCAAUAGCAGAUCAAAAAGGGUUUAUUUCCAUACAGUCCAGCGG